AUGGCGGCACCUGCACCUGCCCCGUCCACUGCGGGCGCAUCGGCCGCCCCCUCUGGCUCCGGCUCCAAGCUCGAGCCCUUCCUCAUCCUCGCUCGCUCCACCAAGCCGCGUGGCGCCGCCGCUGCAAAGCUCGUCCAGCAGGUCACAGAGGCAAACGACGUCUACGCCUUUGCUGAGCUCUUUGACGUGCCGGGCGUCGCAGAGCUCCGCACCUCGGAAGAGUACGCCCACUUCUACCGCCUCCUCGAGCUGUUUGCAUACGGCACCCUGCCCGACUACACCGCGUCCCCCUCGUCGUUUCCAGAGCUCACGGCAGCUCAGCUGCUCAAGCUGCGCCAGCUCACCCUCGUCUCCCUCGCAUCGGGCACCCGCGUGCUCCCCUACGCCACCCUCUUUGCCUCGCUCAACCUGGCCACCGAAGACAUGCGCGAGCUCGAGGACCUCAUCAUCGACUCAAUCUACGCCGGCCUCGUCGGCGGCAAGCUCAACCAGAUCCGAUCCCGCUUCGAGGUCGACGCCGUCAUCGGCCGAGACGUUCGCGGCCCCGCAGAGAUCGAUGCGCUCCUGACGCAGCUCCAGGGAUGGGGAGGCAGGGCCGAUGGAGUGCUCAAGAGCCUCGAGGCCAAGAUCGAGAGGAUCCGCGCACAGGAGGCCGCAGGCGCUGCCGUCAGGCACGAACACAACCAGGCCCUCUUCCUCGCCCUCCAGCAGGCCCAGGAGGGCGCUGGCGGCAAGGGUCAGAGGGCCGCGUGGGCCGGCGCAGACGGCAUGGAUCUUGACGGCUGGGACGACCAGGCUGCGGGUGGUCGAGGCGGCUCGAGGAAAAAGAUCGGAUCUGGCGCCUCCAGUUCGACGCAGCGCAACAAGCGCAGCCGAGCAUAG